GGUUCCUUGAGAGGAAAGCUACUUCGACUCUGGGGCUGACUAGGUGCCACUCUCAGUUACUUUCAUCUUCGAUAGUAAGAUUUCCAGUAUGAAGAGUAGUCAUGUCGUGCUCGCUCUUCUCCUGGGAAUGAUCUUAUCUAUCUCUGCAACCUCUGCCUCGAGCGACCGCUGGGUUUGGGAGAGCCAGCGAUCUGGACGGCAAAUUGAUCCAUCCAGGGAACCCUCAACGCUCCCUCGGCUCGCUCCUGCUGGCGUGUCCUCCCUCCUAGCCCCAUCUGUGUCCUCUCUACGCUCCCCCAGGACACCUGCAACGUUUUCACCUUCCUUCAGUGUGCCAUCACUCGGCCCACUGGUCAGCUCUGCCAGGGUCCUGCCUCAGCAGGAAACUAUCAGCUUCCCGUCGCUUCCCAUCGAUAUCUCUACCUUGCCUCUGGAGACGUCAGACCCCAGAGAGGCCAUAGACAGCUUCGGGCAUCCGCCGCCUGAGCUAGUAUUGCCGACCUCAGACGACCUGGUUCAAGAGCUUAGUGAAGAUGAUCUAAGAUCUCGCCUGCAGUCUUAUGACUUCGGCCGCACCAAGACCCUCCGUGUCUCUGAUUUAGCCCGUGGCACACCCUCACUCUCCAAACAGUCUCAGACUGGUCAACUCAAGGCUCUUGUCUCCACCCCGGAUAUCUCUCAGCUUCCUCUCCAGACGUCUUCGCCCUCCUCCUUCAGUGAGGGGAUUACUGGAUUUCAGGUCGCUGUUCCUUCGUCUGGUGAAGCACGAAGGUUCCAGCACCUCUCAACUGAGAGGGUGACGUUUCCACAGAAGUUAUUCAACGUGGACACGAGCGGAGCCAGGAGCAGCCUCCUGGCCCAGCUACAACAUGAACGGCACCAAAAGCAGCUUGCCAUGACUUCUCCUCCUCCAAGUGCCACUUCAGUACCUACUCAGAGAUUCCUCCAACCUACGCUGGGUGAUCUUCCCUUGAGAGAUGGCGGCGAAGAGGGAAUUCGCCUAUUCAAUGCUCUUCAAGCUCUGCAAAAGGUGUCCUCCGUCCCAAACACCAAAAAAUUCGAACUUUCCAUUCAGAACCUCAAGCAGAAACCAGAAGAAAAUAACCUCGAAACAUCUUUCAGUAUCCCAGUGAUCUUCCCGGAAGACAUACAGAAUUUUCGUACCAAUGAAGAUAAAAGUCCAGUAAAGGUGGUAGAUCCUCCACUGUUUGGUGCAUCUCAGGUAGGCACCGACUUCUCCGGCAUGUUUCCUGCUCUAUCACCUUCCCAAACAGCCGGAAUCCUCAGGCCAAGUAGAUCUACUGUAUUUGAAAGAACGGAGCCCACAAAAUAUAAAUCAUUUUCCUUGUUUAUCAAGAAACCAUUGGGUCUAGAGAGAAAAAAAAAUGUUCCUUCUUACACGUGGGUGUGGCCUGACACAACCAGUAACAUUCGCCUUGAGGAACUCUUCAAUGACCCUGCCAUACACGCUCUCUGAGUUGGUAACGAGGAAAAGAGGAAUGAAAGAAUAGUUUACAUUAUUUCGUCUGCAGCAAUUUACAACUUAUCCCCAAUCUGGAGAAAAAACUUUAUACGCCGCUGAUAAUAGUUAGCCUGAGCAGGAAGACUUGACAAGUGUCAGCCUGAGCUGGGAGACUUCACAAGUGUCAGCCUGAACUGGAAGACUUCAUAAGUGCAAAUCUGAACUGGAAAAGUCUAGCAGGGCAAUGAGAAUAUCAUCAAGUAUACUACUAAGGAUUCAUCAGCUACUGGAACUUCAAAGGCUUAAGUUCCAGCUGAAACUAUUAUCGCACAAAGGUCUAGAAAUAACAAAAAAAAGCACAAUACCCCCUUUCUUUGUAUUUGACUGGCUCCUCCCCCUUAAUUCCCCACUGCUACCACUACCACUACUACUACUACCACUACUACUACUACUACUACUACCAUCACUACCUCUUCCUGCCUACUCCACUUCUGGUUAUUGUGACUGUAAAUGGUCCAAGUCGGACCGAAACGUCGUCAUAAGCUCCUCUCUUCUAUGUGCGGGUUAUUUGUGUCAAAGUCUAGAGUUUCUUGCUAAAUUUUGAAUGAGAUUUAAAAUUUCAUAUAUUAUGCUCUGCUAAACCUGAAAGAAACUUGAAAUUCUGCAGAGAUAACAAAAUUGCCAGUGAUAAAUUUAGGAACAUAAUUCAUUAAAUGACACUUUAAGGUUAGACUUGUUGAAGAUAGGCUAUUAUUGUUUAGACUCAUCUUGAAAUCUGUAGACAUUGUAGGCUGUAAUGACUCUUUCAUGGAUCUUGAGAGCAACGUAAUUAAAAAAUAUAUUAAUAUUGUAUUAAUAAAGCUUUUUCACUCAUGUGAGCGCGCGCGCGCUCACACAGUUACUUAUUUUUCCUCUCUCUGAAUAGUAAAGAUUUGUUACCUGACAGCUAAUAUAUAAUGCUAUCUCAUAUUUGUAAUAUUUAAGUUAUUCAACUACCUUGUAAUAUUUAAGUUAUUAAAUACCUUUUUUCUGAAAAUAAUAUUUCCAGUCCGAUGAUAAACUGUUUCGUCUACUACUUGUAAAUAGUAAUAAAUUAAUUUUUAAUGUUUUGUCCAUAUUAAUAUUUAAAGAAAUAUUUCUUCAGAUGUAUUUGAUAUAUCACAAAACACUGAAUAUUUUCAUUUUAUAUUUAUAAAAGCAUUCAUAUUUCUUUAAAUAUG